UCCCUGUUUAGACUGCUCUGCCUCUGGGAGUGGGAGAAAGUCUACAAUAAACACUCCUCCAGGAUGCCAAAGAAGCGGAUGCCGAAAGGGAUCUUGGGUCUACCAAGUAGGAACAUGCUCUUUUCCUUCACCCAUCGUAUGGGCGAUGAAUGGCCCGAUGAGGAGGACGAUGAUGCUGAUGACUCGGACUACGAGCCAGGAAAAGAUCUCAUCCCGAUGGUAGAAGACAUGCCCAGAAGCUCUGAUAGUGGCAGUGACACGACGGAAGGAGGGACAUCAUCCAGAAAACGUAAGCGAAAAUCAAAGACACCCAAAGGCAGUAAGAGAACAAAGCGAGAGAAACCAAAGAAAGCAAAGUCUUCCAGAAAUUCUAUGAAAGAGAAAGAGAAAACAAAGAGGAAGAAAAACAAAAGAACAGCUAAAUCAUCUGAAACACUGUCAUCAGAAAGAGAAACGUGUUUUGGGAAGACAGUCAAGCGAAGGAAAGAUCUGGGACCUGUUGGGGAUACUACCAUUGGGGAAGGUGAUGACAUGUGGGGACAGAGACUUCCUGUGAUUGUUUUGGAGAAGAUACUGUUAUUUGCUGUUCGGGAGACAGGCGUUGUUCCACUUCUUUGCCGAGUAUCCAGGGUGUGUCGUUUGUGGAGAGAAGCAUCCCAGGCAUCCUGUUUAUGGCAUCACGUUGCCCUUGACAAUGGACGAGUGAAAGCUACCGAUACCACACUAGAAUGGUUGACUGCCAACAGAAUCCCACCGCAGCUCAAAACGAUCAACCUCAAUUCAUGGACAAAAUUAACAGACGGGAGUUUUGUGGCCUUAAUGGAAGCAUGUUCAGACGUCCAGAACAUCAGCAUUCAACGAUGUACCAAACUGACCAAUCGCUCACUAUGUGCCAUCAAGGAUCAAUGUUCGAACCUCAAAGAACUUGAUCUUGGUUUUACCGGGAGCUCCUUGGCUUCGUCUCCAAGUCUGAGGGAUUUAUUAAAGGAGAAAGGAAGCACAUUAGAAGAAUUUCAAUUAGCUGGUUGUUCUAUCAUUAGUUCAUCUCAAUUAAUGGCCUCAAUUAAGUCAUAUUGCCGCAAUCUCCGUCUGCUGGACCUAUCAAAUUGUGUUGUGACCAUUGAGUGUUUGACGCUACCAGUUGAAGAGAUGCAGAAAGGUUGUCCGCUCCUGGAGAUCUUGAGGCUAGCGGGGGUGAGAGUUCAACCCGCUAAUGCAUCGGCUAAAGCACAGAGAGAAGCAGAAGGAUUCAGCAAGCUCCGAGAGCUGAGUCUAGCAGUAGCCGAUAACGUAGCAUGUCAGGUGGUGUUACCAACUAACCUAGGUCCAGGGGAUGAGUUCCUUCGUAGAGUUCUGAAUAACUCCCCGGACCUCAAGUUACUGGAUCUGCGAGGUUGUGCCUUGAUCAGACUUCAAACAUUACAGAACCUAAAUGUUGAAAACCUUGAGCACUUGUAUAUAUCUCGAUGUUCCCUCACAAAUUCUGAAGGAUUUGGUACUGCGAUCUUGCCAAAGUGGAACCAUAGUCUUAUUGAGCUGGACAUGUCUUGGACCAACUACGUAGAACGUGACCAGGAUGAAGUCAUGCUUGCCGUCUCAUCGUGCCAUCAGCUCAGAACCCUGAACCUCAGUGGAACCAGCGUAACCAUCAGUGCCCUCAGAUCCAUCAUGAGACAGUGCACUGCCUUGGAGUCUGUCAAUCUCACGUCUUGUCGAAGUCUUCCAAGAGGACACAAGCACUGCUAUGGAGGCAAGAGCCUCAGGAAACUACGCAAGGAAAUUCAGAAUGUCACCAUGUCUGAUGAAGAUGAGUAGGGUGCUUGCUGCUUGUUACUUUCCAUCUCCCAGCGGGAGAUAGAGUGCAAACGGGUGAAAUGUACAUAAAGAGAUCUGUCAUUUAAUCUCUUGAACAUGACGUAAGAAUGUGUGUUAGAGAAUGGGUGCAUGUUUCAGUAGAGUUCCUUCCUGAAAAAUAAAUGCAAAAAAAAAACCAGUGCCUACUUGCAAAUGUCUCCAACCAGGGCUGAAAUAUUAGCACUUCCAGUGCCUUGUGCUAGGGCAAAACUUGCCCCCUUCAGAUGUCUUUCACAGAUCCUCUUUGAUUUUGCAUGUACUGUCUGUCGAUCUGUAUGUCCCGUUUGUCAUCCUGUUUUAAAGAACCAUUUGACAGGACAUCUUAAAACAUGGGUCAUGUAUGCAUAAUGGUGUGAUAAAGGUCUUAUUAGUUGGGGGUAUCAAGGUCAAAGUCACAGAUCAUUAUUCAUGUAUACAAAGAUAUUUUGUUCUCAUAAUAAAAACAUUUGAGUCGCCAAUCUCAUACAUGGCUCAUGUACAUGUAUGCAUAUUGAAGUGGCAGUGAUCCGAUUAGAUUUUAGGGUCAAAGACCACAGAGAUAAAUACUUGGAUAGCCAGGAAGCAUUGGUACAAUGUUGGACCAGUGAUUUAAAUGGGUUUGCUUUUUUUUUCUUUUCAAUUUUUAAGGGAGAAUUUUCUAAAUAGCAAAAUUGCAAUAGGGAGCUUUUUCAUGUUUGGAUGCUAUCAUCAGAAUAUGGCCAAGUUUCUUUUAUAUGUGUCAAUUAUUUUCGAAUUAAGAUGAAUGAUUUCAUUGAGAAACACUUUAUAAUGUUAGAUAUUUGUCCUGCAGUGACUGAAUAUUGAUGUAAUAUAAUUUCCAGUAAUCAAACCUCAAGUUCUUCUCCACAACAUUAGCGUUGUAAAGAAGUUUCAAUUAGUGUAGUACUUAAACCACAGAAACGCCGCUUCCCAGAAUCCAAACUCUGUGCAACAUUGACAUUGUAAAGCAAUUUCCAUAAGUGUACUUACUCCACAAAAGCACUGAUGCCCAGAAACUUGAAUGAAUGAAUGAAUCUUUAUUUUGUUUCAAAUCCGAUAACAAACAACAACAGUAAAACAAUGUGAUACAAGCAAAUAGCAAAGAACA